UACCGGAUCCUUCGCAUGGACGAGGACCACGACCGAAUGUACGUGGGCAGCAAGGACUAUAUCCUGUCUCUGGACCUGCACGACAUCAACAAGGAGCCGCUCAUUAUCCAUUGGCCCGUUGCAUCCCAGAGGAAGACUGAGUGCAUCUUGUCGGGGAAAGACACAAAUGGAGAGUGUGGGAACUUCAUUCGUCUGAUUGAGCCGUGGAACCGGACCCACCUGUAUGUGUGUGGAACUGGAGCAUAUAAUCCUAUCUGCACGUAUGUGGAUCGAGGACGCAGGUCCCAGGGUUUCAGCAACCUACAGGCACUUCAGUCAGGAGGGAGAACGAGUCGAGCAGCAGACUACAGCUCUACAGCUGAGCCUUUGAACAAUAAGGAGUACAUCUUCCGUCUGGAACCUGGUAAAGUGGACUCCGGAAAAGGAAAAUGCCCCUAUGAUCCUAAACUUAACAGUGUUUCUGCCCUGAUCAAUGGAGAGCUCUAUGCAGGAGUCUAUGUGGAUUUCAUGGGAACAGACUCCGCCAUCUUCCGUACUCUGGGGAAGCAGACGGCCAUGAGGACCGAUCAGUACAACUCCAGAUGGUUAAAUGAUCCAACUUUUGUCCAUGCACACCUGAUCCCAGAUAGUGCUGAGAAGAAUGAUGACAAGCUCUACUUCUUCUUCCGCGAGAAAGCCUCUGAGGUUGGCCAGAGUCCCAUGACGCAGUCCAGGAUAGGGCGGAUUUGCCUGAACGAUGACGGUGGACACUGCUGCCUGGUCAACAAAUGGAGCACCUUUCUGAAGGCUCGUCUGAUCUGCUCUGUGCCUGGAGCUGAUGGCAUUGAGACGCACUUUGAUGAACUCAGGGAUGUUUAUAUCCAGCCAACUCAAGACACGAGGAACCCAGUCAUCUAUGGAGUCUUCUCAGUUUCAGGAUCUGUGUUUAAAGGCUCGGCAGUGUGUGUCUACUCCAUGGCCGACAUCCGUAUGGUCUUCAAUGGGCCAUUUGCCCACAAAGAAGGGCCCAACUACCAGUGGGUGGCGUACACUGGGAAAAUUCCCUACCCUCGACCUGGAACUUGUCCUGGAGGUACUUUCACUCCCAACAUGAAAUCCACAAAGGAUUACCCAGAUGAGGUUAUCAACUUCAUGAGAAACCACCCCACCAUGUACAACGCUGUUUACCCGGUGCACAAGCGCCCCCUGGUGGUCAGAACCAACGUGGACUACGAGUUCACCACAAUUGCAGUUGACCAAGUGAGAGCUGCUGAUGGGAGCUAUGAGGUGCUCUUCCUGGGAACAGAUCGUGGGACGGUCCAGAAAGUCAUUGUCUUGCCAAGAGAUGACUUGCAGACAGAGGAGCUGGUUCUGGAGGAGGUUGAGGUGUUCAAGGUUCCCACCCCAAUCACCACUAUGAAGAUUUCGUCUAAACGGCAACAAUUGUAUGUAGGAUCUAUCCUGGGUGUGACCCACCUGGCUCUUCACCGCUGUGACGUGUACGGGGAGGCCUGCGCCGACUGCUGCCUGGCCCGGGACCCGUACUGUGCCUGGGACGGCAAAUCCUGCUCCAGAUACUCCGCCUCACAAAAGAGACGGAGCCGUCGACAGGACGUAAAAUACGGAAACCCAAUCCGCCAGUGCAGAGGUUAUAACUCAAAUGCAAAUAAGAAUACUCUGGAAACAGUUCAGUAUGGAGUGGAGGGCAGCACGACAUUCUUGGAGUGCCAAGCUCGUUCUCCUCAUGUCUCUCUAAAGUGGCACCUGCAGAAGGAAAACAGUGACAGGAGAAAAGAGAUUCGCUCAGAGGGUCGCAUCCUGAAAACCGAUCAGGGUCUCCUCAUCCGCUCGCUGCAGUCCUCCGACAGCGGCAUCUACCAGUGCACGUCGACCGAGAAGAACUUCAAACACACCCUGGUGAAGCUGCAGCUGGUGGUCCUCUCCAGCCGCACAGUCAACAACGUGCUAGUGGAUACAGGCAACCCAGCCCUCCCCCAAAUUCAGUCCAGCGCUUGGACCCCAAGUGUUGGGCAGUAUAAGGACCUGCUGACCAUCCUAAGCCAGCCGGAGAUGGGGCUGAUCAACCAGUACUGCAAGGACUACUGGCAGCACGGGGACGACAGCCUUGGGGACAGCAAAGCCAAAAGCCUGAAGGAGCUGAAGGAGCAGAAGAAGCCUCGCAACCGCCGGCAUCACGAGGACCAGACGAAUCCAGCCGAGACAUGAAGAGUUCAGAUUUACAGCCUGUCACGUACAAACAGCACCCUUUGUCCACCUUCUUGUUUCUCCUCACAACCCUCCAUUUAAGAGAAAUGACUCCAUGAAACACGCCCUGCAAUAGAAAGCAUCAGUUUCUAUGUAACGAUUGGAAGAACAAACAAUAUUUAUUGUAGGUUGUACAAAGUAAUUCUUUAUACCUAUCUAGAAAACAUGUUUUUGUGAAUAGAUCUGUGCAAAUAAUGUUAUAUUAUUGUUAUUAUAAUUAUUAGUGUUAUUGUUUUUGACAUUGUGUUAUUAUGUUGGGAAUUUCUUUGUUUGGUGUUUUUUUUUUUAACAGCAACUGUAACCAAGGACUUUAGGAGUAUCCACACAAGGACUAGAAUGGAUAAACUUCCCAUUUUUCAAGAAUCACGUCGGAUCAAUUGACUGCUGGCAGUACUCUGUAUCUAAAAUCAGAAUUACAUCAGGAAAGCCUGGCUUUUUUAAGUGUCUUCACCAGAACAGUUAUUGCAAAGGUGGACACUGCUGUGCUGUAAAUAAAGCAGGAAAAACGGCAUUUCAUAACGAUGGUAGGAAUCCCGACAAACUGCAGUGGCAACAGCACAUCGUAAACUCCCAGGAACUUAAAUUUUAAGCCUACUCGCAGCAGGUCAACUGGCCUCAACUAAAGAUUUCUGUUCAUAUUCUUCCAUAAUAAGUUGCUGCCGAGUGUUUUUGCUUGUAUGUAAACAUCACAUCUCAGUGUUGUGUUCUCGACAUCUUGUUAUAAGCUGUUUAUAUUUGGAGGAAGGGUUCUUCUAAUGAAACAGAAGCUGAAAACAGAACAUUGCCUUCUCUUCUCUCUUCCUGUGAAGAUAGGUUAUUCCAGCAGGCAGCUAUAUGUCAGUCUGUGAUUAAAAAAUAUAUUAGAGAAAGCACCUUUUGUUGCCAGAUUGGUGAUUUUUAAUAAAUCUUAUAGAAAGUUUUGUUUAUAAACAUAUUAAAAACCCUAUAAACUACAAUGCUGUGAAACAGUAUUUGCCCACUUUGUUUGUCACACUUAAAUAUUUCUAAUCAUUAAGCAACAAAAUUCUUUUUCAAAUGAUGAUUUCAUUUCAACAGGAAAAAAGCUAUCCAAACCCACCUGGCAUUUAAUAUGUGAAAACAGUCUUUCACAUAUCUGUGGGGAAGAUUUUGACCAACUUUUUGUUUUACUUUAACCACACAGGAGGGGAUUUCAGGCAUAAACAGCCUGUUUGUGAUGAUGUCACAUAAUCUUAAUCAGAUUUAGGUCCAGACCUUGACUGGGUUACCUUCUAUUUUCUUUGAGUCAUUCAGAAAUGGACUUGCUAGUGUGCUUUCGACCAUUGGCCUGUUGCACAACUCGAGUGUGCUUGAGCUUAGGGUUUUUAAAGAUUUUAAAAAGUAGAUCAAAUGGUUCAAUUUCAGCAAGUCGCCAAGGUCCUGAAGCAGCAAAGUAGCCCCCAUAUCAUCACACUACUACCAAAACGUUUUAUCAUUUGUAGGAUGUUCUUUGUCUAAAAUGUUUUUAUUUAGAUUUCAGAUGUAACUGUAUUUUAACGGGUUUCAGAGAGCCUUUGUGUUCUGCGUGCACAGCAGUAGUGUUUGCCUUGAAACUCUCCCAUGGAUGCCAUUUUUUCCCAGUUUGUUUCCUAUUGUUGAAUCAUUGACAUUGGUUUUAGCUGAAGCAAGUGAAGCCUGCAGUGCUUUAGAUGUUGUUCUGGGUUGUUUUGUGACCAUUUGGAUAACUCAUUGAUGCACUUUUGAAGGGAAUCUUGGUAGGUCUGCCAUUCCUAGGAAGGUUCUCCACUGUUUUAUGUUUUCUCCAUUUGUGGAUUAUGGUCCUGACUUUGGUUCGCUGCAGGCCUUGGAAAUGGCUUUGUAACCCUUUCCCUAGUGAUGGGAAACAAAGUUUUCAACAUCUGUUUGUCCUUGAAUUUCUUUAGCUCAGGGCAUGUUGCUGCUUUUUGAGAUAUUUUGCCCUACUUCAUGUCAGUUUUUUUAAAGUGAUUCCUUGACUCUACAUGUCUAGGUGUGACUAGUGAAAUUGAACUGUGGUUAAUCACAGUUAAUUCAUGAUUUAACAAGGGGGUGAUUACAUUUUUACACAGAGCCUGGUUAGUUAAUAUCUUUUUCCCCCUUGAUAGAUGAAUUAAUGAUUUGAGAAUUAUUUUAUUUACCCAGGCUAUAUAUGUCUGGCAUUAAGAAAUGUUUGAUGAUCAAAAAAAUGUAAUACUUUUUCACAGCACUGUACAUUGUUUCUUCCAUUCCUACCGUUUUUUUUUGUAAAUAUUGGUGAAAAUAAUGUAAUCAGUCUAUACAAGUGUGCAGAUUUAUAGUGCUAUGAUGACUGGUGCUGUACUUUAUGUCUCAUCUGGUUACAAGAGAGCUUCUGCCUCUCUCUUUGUCCUGGCACGGAGCCAUCUUUUAUUACUGGUGCCACACACUAAUGGAAAUGAACACCUUUACAGAGUGAACAUCAUCAUGAUGAAUGGCCAAACCUGAAGAAAAAAACUAUACCACAGUCUUCAGACAGUGAAUUUUAAAUGUGCAUGGCAUGUACAGUGUAUGUAUGUAGUGUUUUGUCUAAAAUGUUGCUGUGGAUGUGUUAAUUGUGGGAAUUCAGAUCCUUUUUAGUUUGGGAAAUGCUAAAAGGUCAGAAAGGCUGAUUUCUUUUUUCAGUUCUCAUUGUCAGAUAGAGGAAGUAGAGGAAGAAAACAGGUUUACAUAUAUUUUUGUUAUGUGAAUCUGUUUUCUAUGUUUGGGAGGUCUGUGAGGUAAUGUAUCAUAAGCACACUUGGUGGUAAUGUAAUGACUUGUAAAAACUACUAUCUUUUCUUCUUCAUCAAUGUUGCUAACUAAUAAAUUAAAGCUCUAUAUUUUAUAAUAAUAAGUGUUCUCCAGUGUUUUACAGUAGUUACUAUUAAAGGAAUUAGGCAGUUCUACAGGAGCAAUAGUUUUGUUCGUAGUAGGCUAUACUUUUUUACACAUUUGCAUAGCAUAAUAAAGAUAUGUUAAGAUUAUAACUCAAUCAUUCUCUUUAUUACAAAGUCGAUCUGAAUAAAGAGUGAUCUUUAAAACACA